AUGGCUAUUUCAGACAGGGCCUACUUAGAUGUCAAGGAACUGAAGAACAAGCUCAACCUGAAUGGCUCCACACACCUCAACAUCUUCUUUGCCAAUUCUUCUGAAGAAGAGCUGGCUGGCAUGGCUACCUUUCCUUGGGACAAAGAAGCCCUCGUACACUUGGGAGGCAUCGUGCUGAACCCUUCCUUCUAUGGCAUUGUGGGGCACACCCACACCAUGAUCCAUGAAGUCGGGCACAGCCUUGGACUCUACCACGUCUUUAAGGGGGUGUCUGAGAUCUUCUCCUGCAGCGACCCAUGCAUGGAAACGGAACCAUCCUUCGAGACGGGGGAUCUUUGCCACGACACCAAUCCUACCCCAACCCACAAAGUCUGUGGCGACCCCCCUGCUAAUAGUAACAUGUGUGGGCUCCGUAACUUCCAGAAUACACCAUUCAACAACUUUAUGAGCUACGCAGAUGACGACUGCACCAAUUCCUUCACUCCGAACCAGGUUGCCCGUAUGCAUUGCUACCUAGAUCUAGUGUAUCAAAGCUGGCAACAUAUCAAGAAGCCAGCCCCCAUUGCCAUCACACCUCAGAUUGUGGACCGAACAGAAACUUCCGUUACUCUGGAGUGGUUUCCACCAAUCGACCGGCACUUCUUUGAAAGAGAAGUGGGAUCAUCAUGUGAGCUGUGUGGGGAAGAACGGAUUCUGGUGCAAUAUGCUUCCAGUGCUUCUUCUCCGAUGCCAUGCGACCCAUCUGGCCACUGGAGUCCCCGAGGAGCUGAAGGACACCCAGAUGUAGAACAGCCCUGUAAACCUGAUGUACGAACGUGGACUCCCAAUUCUGCGGUCAUCAAGCAAACAGUCCCACCGGCCUGCCCUGAGCCCCAAGGUUGUUACCUUCAGCUCCAGUUCCAAUAUCCGGUCAUCCCAGAAUCUCUGACCAUCUGGGUGACUUACGUUUCCCCUGAGUGGGACUCCAAAGAAGCCAUAAACGACAUCAAAUUGUUGAUGGUCAGUGGAGAAAACAUUUCGCUUGGGCCUCAGAACUUCUUCUGUGACAUCCCCAUGACCAUCCGGCUAGAUACGGAAAAGAUGAAGGACGAAGUCCGGGGCAUACAGAUCUACACCUUGGAUGAACAACUGGAAAUCGAUGCUGCUAUGAUCACUUCGGUCCCGCAAAGCUCACAGUGUAAAAAGUGCCAGCCCAUCCACUACAAGGUCUCCCGGGAUCCUCCAUUUCAGAAAGGACCUUCAUUUCUCAUCUCGGACCUCAGACGGACAUUUGUAGACACUGAGCUGAAGGACGGCACGCCGUACCAUUAUCGAGUUUCUGUGGUUUCUGAACAAAAAGAAAGCGAACCUUCUCCCACCCUGUCCUACACUCAUGGAAAAGGCUACUGCGGCGAUGGGAUUAUCCAGAAAGACCUUGGGGAAGAAUGUGAUGACAUGAACAAAGUGAAUCAUGACGGAUGCUCCCUCUUUUGCCGUCAGGAAUUAUCUUUCAACUGUGUAGAUGAGCCGAGUCGUUGCUACUUUCACGAUGGGGAUGGUGUAUGCGAAGAGUUUGAGCAGACAACCAGCAUCACGGAUUGUGGGAUCUACACACCCAAAGGGUUCCUGGACCAGUGGGCAUCCAAUGUCUCAGUUUCACACCAUAACGAGAAAUGCCCAGCUACGGUGGUAGCGGGUCAGCCAGCAGCAAAUCAAAUGUGCCGGACCAAGGAGUAUGACUUCAACGAUGCUAUGGCCCAAUAUGCGUGGUACCCUUGCACCGCCAAUCACACUCACACCGUUUUCUGGCUGAAGGCUUUCUAUAACCAACCCAUGGUAGCGGCUGCAGUGAUUAUCCACUUGGUAACAGAUGGGACAUGGCAGGAGAUGGACCUCGAGCAGAAACAAGAGACAAUUUUUGUGCAGCUGGUGGACACUAAAAACCAAAGUCACGAUCUCGGGGAGCACGGUUUGAGCUGCCGAAAAAACCCUUUGAUUAUCCCCGUUGUCCAUGACCUCAGCCAGCACUUCUACCGGACUGGGGCCAUUCUCAUCACCUUCAGAUCUCAGUAUGUGGCUAUCUCCGGGGUGGCCUUGCGCUCCUUCCAGAAUUUUGACCCCAUCGCCAUCAGCAGCUGUCAGAGUGGGCAGACCUACAGCCCGGCCGAACAGAGCCUGGUGAAGGUCCUUCUUUUUCUUCUGGAAAUGAUCCUGGUUAGCGUCUUAUAG